AUGGAUUUUCAUAUAUAUGUACCCCCGAAGGAGCCGAUCAGUAAGGAUGUGGAUACUCCAGCUGAGUCAGAAAAGGAUGUCAAUAUAUUUAAGCAGUCAAACGAUCCCACACCCAAACAGAUGGAUGCUCUCAUUGCUCAACUACAGUCAACUGCAAGGAAGCCUCCCCAAGCAGUUCCUGUUAUUUCUGAUUCUCCAUUUGAGAGUGAUAAAAUUGAUUCAAACGCCUCCUUAGCGCCAAGAAGGCGAAGACGUAAAGAUCCAAGGCUGGGAGUGCUUUCUACUGAGCCAGUAUAG